AGGGCUGAUGCUCUGGCGUUCGCAUGCGCCGUGUGUAGUGUUUUCUUCCGCCCGGCCUGGUGUGGCGGUGUGAUGUUGCACGUGGGAUGGCGUGCUCCUUCUUCUAAGCAGAAGCUCCCCUAACUGGUGGUUGUGGCGGAAGAUAGAGGAGGAUGUGGGGCGCGGCGAUGGGGCUGCCUCCGCGGCUGGCGCUGUCAGUGCUGGCUGGUCCCGGUCGCUCAUGCAUUCUGGGGUCUGGAGCUGCGACGCGGAAGGACUGGCAAGCGAGGAACCGUAGUGGCUUCUCUGAGUUCUACUUGCAGCCGUUAUUUGAUCCUGAUUUAGAGGAGUCACCUUUUUAUGCAUUCAAAGGUCGAGCCGAGCCUACGCGUCACGUAGCAAGUAAGAAAUUGGCCAGGAACCUGGCACGACACCUGCUGGGGUUCCAAAAACCAUCCCGUCAACUUAUACUAGAGUGCAACCCAGGUCCUGGAGUCCUGACUGAGGCAUUACUUAGAGCCGGUGCUAGAGUGGUUGCCUUUGAAAGUGAAAAGUCUUUUAUUCCACAUUUAAAGUCCUUAAAGAAGUAUGUGGAAGGAGAGCUGCAAGUGGUUCACUGUGACUUCUUUAAGAUGGAUCCUAGACAUCAGGAAAUAAUAAAACCGGAAUACAGCUCACAGGUCAUUUUUCAGGAUUUGGGAAUAAAAGCGGCUCCUUGGACAGCAGGUGUUCCUAUAAAAGUAUUUGGAAUCCUACCUGAUAAAUAUGGAAGACGAAUACUUUGGAAAACUCUGUUCGAUCUGUAUUCCUGUGACUCUAUAUUCAGAUACGGACGAAUAGAGCUGAAUCUGUUUGUUACGGAUAAAGAAUUCCAGAAACUGACAGCAACUCCUAAAAGGCCAGAUUUAUACCAGGUAUUGAGUGUGCUUUGGCAACUGGCUUGUGAUAUUAAGUUUAUUCACAUGGAACCUUGGUCGUCGUUUACUGUAUAUACUGAAAAUGGGCACUUAGAGAAGACAAAGCUUAGGGAAUCAUUAAAAUCAAUGAAAGAAAAUCUGUAUUUUAUUCAAAUGACUCCUCGUAAAGGUUUAUUUACAGAACACUUAAGUCCGUUGAAUUAUGAUAUAUUUUUCCACAUGGUAAAGCACUGCUUUGGGAAGCGCAGUGCCCCAAUAAUACAACAUUUAAGUUCAUUGAGCACAGUUGAGCCAAUUGAUGUACUGAGGCAGGUGAGACUAAACCCUGGCGCGACAAUUCUUCAAAUGUAUCCUCAAGACUUCAAAAGACUAUUUGAAACUAUAGAACGUUCCGAGGACACUAUCUUUAAAUGGAUCUACAAUGAAAGCUUGGAAGACAUUCAGGCCUAGGCAAACAGUCUACAAGCCAUGAACUGGAGCUGCUUAUCUAUUUAUUUGGAAAUUAUGAGACAAAUGAAAACUGAAUUUUAAGAAGUUAACACCCUUUCAACAAAAGAGAAAUUAUUCUCGUCUGGCACAGAUGGGGCUGGUACUUUCUUCUGAAGUUGAUAUCUUUUGACACACUGGAAAAGACAGUGGCUGUGGUUUUAUUCAAAACUGAAUAAAAUAUAAAGUUCU